AAGCUGACGACCUGUUCAGCUUGCCCCGUCGCUUGGCAACCAUGCUAGAAAUGGCCGGUUGAUGUAGCAAAAAGGAAAGAAAAACCUCUUUACGCCGAACAUUUAUAAACGUUUUGUUUUCUUGUCAAUAAUUCCAGCUCAACUACAAACAAGCCAUGCCUCCUCCGGAGACGAUGUUCUGUUCCCAGCAAAUCAACAUCCCGGCGGGACUUCCUGAAGUUCUCAAGAAUUUCACGAAAGCAGCCAUCCGAACUCAGCCCAAAGACCUGUUGGUGUGGUCUGCAGCCUACUUUGAGGCAUUGGCUAAAGGAGAGACUCUGCCAGUAAAGGAUAGGCUGGAGUUGAAUUUUGGCAACCAGAAUAAAGAUGCCUUGCUGACUCCAGGCCUGUUAAAGACCCUUCACAAACAGCUGUCUACUGCAGAAACAUGUGGCAGGGAGGAAUUGCAGGACAAGUGGAAGGCUUUGUGUCUGCCCAUGGACCAGCUGGAGGACAUGUUGAUUCUGGGCAACUUCAGCAUGGAGAUCAGUUGGAUGGAAUUUUUCGCAUUGGGCUGCAGUGCUUUGGGAGAUUCUCUCAAGACCUCCCUCAAGGUCGCCUGCGAGAUCCUGACUGAGGAUGAGGAAGGGGGUGCCGCAAAGAUCCCCUUUGAGAUAUUUUCAUUGCUAUGCACCUACCUGGCUAACUUGGACCCGGAUAUGCCGAAGGGACACGUCGAUGGCUUCCUCAAAAGCCUGGAGCCACAAGUGAAAGUGCAGCACGGAAUGAUCAAACCUCUUGACUUCAUCCAUCGGGAGGAUAUACAGCCGCCCAGUGACGCAUCGGUCUAAAAUUGAGCAGAACAUGACAUGAGUGUAAUAUGGAAACGCCUCACGCCAUAUGCUGAAUGCCAUUCAGUUAAACAAAAACAAAGAAGAAUAAGUAUCUGAAAGACCAGAGGGACACCACUGCUAUAAUUAGUAGUUGCCAGUCAAGCACAAGCCCUCUAAUCUUAUUGGACAUGACAUCAUGGCAUGAGAAGAUGCUCGAUUAAUCACUGGGACUACACUCAAGCUCACUUAUUUGACAAUUAAAUACUAAUAUCCAUGAAUUUAAUAUCUCUAUUGAGCUGUUGAUAUGGAUGUUAAACUUUUGUUUUUGUACGUCUGCAAUAAUGUUCUGCAUAUUGAUAUUUCAUCCAGCUUCAGGAAGACGCUAACGAUAAAUUAAGCUACAGGUAUAUGUAAUGGCUAUAUCUGAAAAUUGCUUUGACACACGACCAAACAUUAUGAAAUAAUAAGGUAAUUAAGUGUCAUUGUCGGCUGAUUAAAAUGGCUUCAUUACUGUCUGGAUUACUGCCAGUGGACCAUUAGAUAUGUCCUUGUUUAGUUAGCAGCUAAAUUGAAUUAAACAUACUUAGCUUGUCAAUUGGCCUUGCUGUCAGCUAUGAGAAAAAAAGGGAUAGCUUCUCAUGAAUAUUGAAAUCAUCUGCGUCUUAGCCUUUUACCCCAAGAGGGCAAAACAACAACGGAAUUAGUGCUGCAACGACUAAUCGAUUAGCUCGAGUAAUUCAAUUAGAAAGUUUCUAAUCAAAUUUUGCUGCUUCGAGUAUUCGUUUUUAUUAGAGUGGUGUUGUAAUGGUUUGUUUUGAAAGUGUUUGCGUUUAGUUAUAUUGAUUUGGGUGCCCUCUAGUGGCAAUAUCGGAGAUUUGUGCUGGACUGUGAGCAGGUGUGUUUUUAUCACAGCAUCAGUGACUGACAUAACUUAUUGAACUUGGCUGAGUCCAGCUGCUCCUUGUUAAAACCAACAUAAAGUAUUUGUUAGCGUUAGCAUAUAUUAGCAUUUAAGCUAGCGUACUUUUGAUGUGCAAGUUAGCCAAUUGUUCUCUUGUACUUAGAUCCUUGGUUUUUUUUUUUUUUUUGAAAGUUUGCAUUUAGUUUUAUUGAUUUGUGUACCCUGUAGUGGCAACAGUAAAUAACAUAACUGACUUGACUUGGCUGAAUCCAGCUGCUUCCUGUUAAGACCAACGUAAGGUAAGUUUUUGUUUGAGCUAAAAAAUUUUUU